UACGAUCCGUUAUCAAAUGCAAUUGCUCAUCUUACAUGAACUAACUUGCCCAGCAGUUUAACUGAGCAUCCAAUCGUGUCAGUCGCGUCCAGUUGAGAUGCGUUAUUCAAGUGUGUUAUUGUUCUUAACAUUCCUUUCAACAUGCUUCGCCAAGUUCUUUCCCUGUGAUCAAAUCCAAAGUGGACGAACAUGUUACCUCCGCAACAUUACCAUCGACCCCUCUGACAACCACGCUACGGCUCAGUUCCAGGACGUCCUGCAGCUGGUCAUAGAAAGCAGUCAAAUCCCCGUGUUCUCCUCGGAACUCUUCGCUGCCCUAGGUGAAUCGAACUUUCUAACGCUCAAGGGUGGCCAAAUCGCCAGUGUCAACUACAGCUCCGAAAAGCUGCACUCGCUGCGCAUUCACAAAACCGAACUGCGCAAUUUCUCCGUGAGUGCCGUUCCCAACCACAGCUUGAACACGCUGAUGAUCAACCGGAAUCUACUCGACCGUUUGCCGGACUCGAUUCGUUACCUGGUAGGUCUGACCAUACUGGAUCUGUCGCAAAACCAAUUGGAGUUCGUCGACCUGGACUCGUUCCAACAGAUGGACAAUCUGCUAGUGUUGGACCUUUCCCGAAACCAGCUGAUACGCGUUGAUGGAAGUUCGGAUCUUCGACUUAAAAAGGUCAAGAACUUUUGGAUCAACCACAAUUACCUCUCCCAAAUUCCAUGGUUCCCGAUAGGAUUCCCGCGGUUGGAACGCGUUCGUUUGGCGGACAAUCGCUGGAGUUGCGGAUGGGUCGGUUCGAUGAGACAGCAGAUUUGGAAUCGCCAUAUCCGACUGUUCGAUUCCGACGGGGCCUGUGAAGAGCACAAUGACGGAGGGCUGUGCUGUUACGAUGAAGACUCUCAACCGUCCCAGCCGAGGUACGAAUUGAUCGAGAUUGACGAGGAAUCGCGACGACAAGACGGGCCGAUUUUGGAAAAGCUGACCCAGCAAGAGAGCGUUCUCGGGGAUCAGCAACAGCACAGUAACGACAGCUGCCAGGUGUUGGAGGCUAAGGUACGACUGCUGCAGCGGGAAAGUGUACGGUUGGCGAUGGAGAAGGCCGAGAUGGAGCAGCAGUUUGUGAAGAAGGUCACCUCAAUGCAGGACAUACUGCGGGCGAUGCGUGAGGAUCUGGAGGAGUCGGAGCGGGAGGUUUCAAAGUAUCGGUACAAGGAGCGGCUGGAGAUGAUUGCGAAGACGGAUCAGGUGGAGCGGGAGGAGGGGAAUUGACAAGAAUGUACCCUUCAAUGAAUAUAUUUUAAAUUAGAUGCAGUUAGUAAAUUA